AUGGCGGCUGUUCUCCUAAAGCUGCUCCCUCUAGACCCAGGGGACGAAGGCACGCAAAGAUGCAGGAUGGGACCUGCCACGUUAUCCACUCUGGGAGCCAGGCUCGGAUCCCCACUUAGGAUCACGGUUCCUGGUGGCUGCUGUUUGUGCACCGCCUGGCCCAGAAAUGAUUUGGCUGAUGGUUACCUGCAGCUUGAUCUGAAAUGUAAAACUUCAGGUUUAGCUGCAAGCAAGUUGAAAGGUCUUGUGCUGAGUGUCAGUCACUUGAAGCUUUUGGCCUGUCACCAGUUGAGAAAAGUAACAGUGAAAGUGGUCCUUAAGAACCUUGCCCUGAAAAAAUCCACCCCAGAAGCAACACUACAGGAGAUAGUCAAAGAGCUGCUGAGAAAUGUGUAUGUUUCUCUUCACCAUGUUGUUACUACUGCCCCAAUUCCUGGAAAUCCAGUGGUGUGUGUUGAAAUACUGGCUGUAGAUGCUUCCACAGAACAAGCUGGCCUGAUAGCUCCCAAAACUAAUAUAAACAUUAAAGAAGUAGUCACUUUAGAAUGGUACAGACACUUGUCAAAGGACACUGCAAAAAUUUCAGCUGCAGGAAUGGAUGAUUUGGGCAGCUCUUUGAAAGAGAUGAUUGUUUUGCCUUUCCAUUUUCCCCAAACCUUCAAGAAGUUGGGUCUUUCUGUCCCUCGUGGAGUACUGUUGGUGGGCCCUCCAGGUGUGGGGAAGACUCUUCUCAUAAAGGCAGUUGCAAGGGAAGUGGGGGCAUAUUUGCUUUGCAUCAGUGGUCCAGCUAUAUAUGGCUCAAGGCCUGGAGAAAGUGAAGAGAAUUUGCGAAGAGUUUUUGAACAAGGCAGGGAAUUGUCCAGUGAAGGACCAACCAUUCUCUUUAUUGAUGAAAUUGACUCUUUGUGCCCUAAACGGGGAAGUUCAAACAGCAUCCCUGAAAAUCGUAUUGUUGCUCAAUUGUUAACUCUUAUGGACGGCAUAGGCAGUGAAAAUGAGAUGGUCAUCAUGGCAGCGACAAACAGGCCCGAUGCCUUAGAUCCUGCACUGAGGAGACAUGGUAGAUUUGACCGAGAGGUUAUCAUUGGGACACCAACACUUAAACAGAGAAGGUCUAUUCUACAGUUGAUUACUUCUAAUAUGCCUAUUUCCACUGAUGUUGAUUUGAUCAACCUAGCAGAAAUGACAACUGGAUAUGUUGGAGCUGAUCUUACAGCACUCUGCAGAGAAGCUGCUAUGCAGGCUGUCUUCCACAGCUGUUUGGAUUCAGUUCGUACGUUGAUUAACAUGGCAGAUUUCCAUGAAGCUUUUAAAAAGAUUCAGCCAUCUUCCUUUCGAAGCAGUGUUGGACUAACUGACUUUAAACCUGUUACCUGGGAACAAAUUGGUGGUCUUGAAGAUGUGAAAUUAAAGUUAAAACAGAGUAUUGAGUGGCCUAUGAAGUUUCCUCAGGCUUUUGUGAGGAUGGGACUGUCUCAGCCAAAGGGUAUUCUCCUAUAUGGGCCACCAGGAUGUGCCAAAACCAUUCUGGUGAAGGCUGUGGCCACAAGCUGCCAUUGUUCCUUUCUUUCUGUUAGUGGUGCUGACCUUUUUUCACCUUAUGUUGGAGAUUCAGAGAAGAUUUUGUCUCAGGUUUUUCGCCAAGCAAGAGCACAUACUCCAGCAAUAAUAUUCCUGGAUGAGAUUGAUUCUAUCCUAGGAUCUCGAUCAGCCUGCAAAACUGGACAUGGUGCCCCAGAGAAGGUUCUUUCUGUCCUUCUUAAUGAAUUAGAUGGUGUUGGCAUUAAAGUCACAGAGAGAAGAGGAAAUAAAUUACAGCUUGAAGGUGAUUGUCAAGAACAAAAUGAAAAGGAGAGACAGAUAGAGUUUCAAGAAGUUUUGAACAAAGAUGUCAUGAUAGUCGCUGCAACAAAUAGACCAGACAAGUUGGAUGAUGCCUUGUUGCGCCCUGGAAGGUUAGACAAGAUCAUCUAUAUUCCACCUCCAGAUCAGAAGGGAAGGCUUUCUAUUUUGAAAAUUUGCACAGAAAAAAUCCCAAUAGAUUCUGAUGUGUCAUUAGUACACCUAGCAGUUCAAACCAAACUCUUUUCUGGAGCCGAUAUUGAAAAUCUCUGCAAGGAGGCUGCUUUGCAGGCAUUACAAGAGAAUGGACUUGAAGCAACUAGUGUGAAACAUGAGCAUUUUGUAAAAUCACUGAAGACUGUAAAACCAUCAUUAACCCUCACAGAUUUGGAUUUUUAUGAAAAAUUAUUUAAUAAGGAAGUAUCCUCUUAAAUCAGAAAAAUCUGAAGAAUG